AUGGUGGUCUGUGGCCCCGGCUGUGGGGGUUACAGAGCUAUGAGCACAGAGAGAAACCUCACAGACCCCACUGUGGCAAAGGAGACCCCAGGAUUUCUUAUGUCUUUAGAAAUACAGCUUUUGGACCUGUCAGCGUCACCAGCAACGAGUACGCAGAGGUCCCGGUUCAAACUCGCAAUAAAUGACCCUUGCUGUUUGGCUUUGACUUGCGUCUCUGGUGGUCUUUUGAGGUGGGCAUACAAGGCAUCUGACAUUACAUUUGGGGCCUCUUCCUGGAUACGCCCCCUUCAGGACCACCAGACAACCGGUCAACAGGGGUCGUCGGGAACCGAUCAAUUCACCCUGGCAGGCGGAGGAAGAGAAUCUCUACUCCCAUCAUCAAAGAAUGAAACGCACCUAGCUCCGACUUUUAGCCCUCCGAAGGUCACUAUUUACCCCUUCGGACGGACCAACCGGGAGUGCUCAUCCUCAGCUAGCCCCUCCGUAUUCCUAACUUGUUCCUUCGUCUCCCAUCCCUUGCACCGGUGCCUCUGUCGCUCCCUGCCUAUUCUAGGCGUAUUCCUCUUCGUCUUAACCAUAUUUUUAAUCUGGGAACUGCCUGACCAGAUGGGGCAAACCCAGAGCACUCCUCUCUCUCUACUCCUGACUAAUUUCAAGGAUGUUCAGGCGAGAGGCAAUAACCUGAGCCUGGAUAUCCGGAGAUCUAAACUCAUCACUUUUUGCUGUUCCGAAUGGCCGACCUUCGGGGUGGAAUGGCCCAUAGGAGGCACCAUUUGCCUACCCAUUAUCCUUAAGAUCAAGUCCCAGAUUCUCUUGCCUGGAAAGGAGGGGCAUCCAGACCAAGGCCCCUACAUAUUGGUAUGGCAAGAUUUAGUAGAAAAUCCCCCUCCCUGGCUAGGCCCCUUCCUAUCCGCAGGAAACUUCAAGGUCCUUGUAGCCCGACCUACAGAACCUCUUAAACCGCGCCCCCUCUGCCUGUCCUCCCUGAUAGCCAAGAUUUACUCAGUUUUGAUCCACCCCCUUACCAACUCCCUCCCGCGAGAGCUCAGGAGAUAG